ACAAGGAGUCUCUUUUAAUAACAUUACUUCAUGGAGGUGUCAAAAAAAGCCAACAAAAACCAACGGUCAUGGGAUGCUCUACCCGAAGAUGUUGUGGCCAUCAUACUUGCAAAGGUGGGAACGCAAGAUCUCAUAUUCAAUAUUCCUUUCACAUGCAAAGCAUGGUACAAAGCUAGUUUGAAUCCACUAUCUUGGCAGACCCUUGAUUUUAGCGAUUGGAAUAGUAUUUCUUUCAUCAAACGCGCUAAUAGUAGAAGGCUAAAUAUCAUGAACGUUGGAAAAAAUGAUAUAGAUUCCGAAGCAACGUUUGAUCGAUUGCUCAGAUUCGCGGUCAACCGAAGCCGAGGUUGUGUUACUACCGUUAUCUACCCAAAUUCUAUGGUUGUUCCCAAUGGCAUAGAUUGCAUUAGAAGAAGAUGCCCUAAGAUUAAGAUGUUUCAACUGAAAGAUAUACCUGACGGACCUGCAUGUUGGGAUGGACGAGCAACUAGGGUUGAUGACCUACAAGACAUGUCCAAGAAAAUGUAACACAAGCUUUAAUGGGGAAGAA